AUGUCUUAUGGAUCCAUUGAUGGGAGUGGAUUUGGGAGCAGGAAUCCAUUUGGAGGCCCUUCGAGACAAGGCUAUCAACCCCUUGCCACCCAGAUUGAUCCCAGUGAACUACAGGAACUUUUUCAGGAGACUUCAGCCAACGUCUUCCGAAUUAACUCCAACGUGACCUCUCUGGAAAGAAGCCUUCGAUCUCUGGGGACCUCAAAUGAUACUCAAGAACUGCAGGAUGGACUGCAUGCAACCCAGCAGGAGACUAAUAAAACCAUCACGACUAGCACCAAAGCCAUCAAGCAGCUGUCUGAGGUUGUCAGAGGCUCAUCCAGGCAAGAACGACUUCAGCUGGACAGGCUGAAGAACCAGCUGUCUGAUGCCAUCCAGAGAUACGGAGCUGUGCAGAAGAAAAUAGCAGAGAAGUCCAAAGCUUUGCUUCCUACUGGGCAGAGAAGCAUUAAAAGCCCGAGGGCCCCCUUCUCUGACCUACCUGAUGAUGAGAAGAUCUUUAACGGAGGAGAUGGCAUGUGGCAGAACCAGAGCCAGGAUCAAGCCUUGCUCUCAGAAAUCACAGAAGAGGACCUGGAGGCCAUCCGUCAGCGGGAAGAGGCCAUUCAGCAGAUUGAGAGUGACAUGUUGGAUGUGAACCAGAUCAUUAAAGACCUGGCCUCCAUGGUGCAUGAGCAAGGAGACACAAUAGAUAGUAUUGAAGCCAACAUUGAGACUGCAUCUUCUAAUGUAGAAUCAGCCAAUGAGCAGUUGGCAAAAGCCAGUCAGCACCAACUACGAGCCAGGAAGAUGAAGUGCUGCCUUCUCACUGUCGCGUUGGCCGUUCUGCUGUUCAUUGUCGUUAUCAUCGCGGUCUCCGUCAAGCACUGA